AUGGCUGGAUGCAGUUUUUCAUUUGAAAGCCUUGAUGGACUUUUGGAGCUGAAGCUUUCAUGUUUGUUUUUGCCUAGAUCGGGUGGAACAGCCUAUACUAGAGAACCUUUUAUUAAUGGUGAAGCAGUACCAUAUGAUCCCAAGUACCAUGAGGAAUGGAUAAGAAACAAUAGCCGAGCAAACAAGAGAAACAGACGCAAUGACAGACCUCGAAAUUAUGACAGAUCAAGGAACUUUGAUAGGAGGAGGGAAAAUAUGCAGAACCGAGAUUUUCAGAAUAGGGGUCAGCCUCCUAUGCCUAAUCAAGCUGGGCAAAAUCCUGGGCCUAACAUGCCUGGACCUGCCAACAACAUGAGGACUCCCAACAAUAUGGGGCCCCCGCCCCCCAACGCGGGUCCAAUGCCUCCCCACAACAACAUGGGUCCAAACUACAGUAAUGUGCAGCAGCCAAACAACUGGAGUGGUGGGCAGCCCAACAACAAUAGCAAUCAGAUACCUCAUAAUUAUAAUCAGAUGCCGCCACCACCACCUAACUACAAUCAGAUGCCCCCUAACAACAUGGGAGGUGUACCGCCAAACAACAUGAGAGGGGUGCCACCAAAUAACAUGGGAGGAGUGUCCCUACCGCCUAAUGCAGGAUGGGGGGGUCCUGGGCAAUUCCAAGAUAACUAAAUGCCAGGCAGGGAUGAUGGAGGCAUCCCCGGUGCAAACUGUUACUGAGCUUGAGGCUACGUCACGAUGAGUCUUGUAGGCAUGCUGUAGAUAAGCAAGGAGGCUGCUCUAGAUGUGCUGUAGGUUUUUUAUGUCACCGUUCUGGAAUGAUAUUUUGUUUGGCUUAUUGCUGGGUGCGAACCUGGUUGCCUUUUUAUCUGAAUAUGAUUACACUUUCAGGGUCGUCUCUGAUUGGAUUAAUCGUAUCUUUGCUUUGCUACUUGGUACUAGUUAUGUCAUGUCAUGUCAUGUAGUGCACAUAUUUGCAGAAAGCAGAAGACUGUUUAAUGAAACCACCAUGAUAGAGCAAUGCUAUCUUAUUUUUCA